GCCACCUCCCGAGAAAGCCGAUAACCAUGACGAAAUUAGGGGCUCGGCUUCUGAAGGAGACGAUGAUGGCAUGUCCGCCCAAGGCCACGCGGCCGUCGUUCCAUUCAGUAUCGGCUUCACCGCUACUCGAGACACCCGUGAUGGCGACGCGCCCUCUUCUGGGUUCCACGGCGAAGGCGAAGGAUCCCAACCCGACCCGUGGACAGGAGCGCACGCGAAUGAGAACAGUAUGUUCCUGACGUGGAAGGACUUGUGGGUGACGGUGGGAGACCGGAGAAACGGGACACAUCCCAUAUUGCAGGGGCUCACCGGGUACGCCGAGCCGGGUCGGAUGCUGGCCAUCAUGGGUCCGUCGGGAAGUGGCAAGACAACUCUCCUCGAUGCCCUUGGAGGGAGAUUAAGUUCAAGCACUCAACAGACAGGAGAGAUCUUAAUCAAUGGUCGCAAACAACCACUUUCUUUCGGAACUUCGGCUUAUGUGACUCAGGAUGACAUACUGAUAACGACUUUAACGGUGAGCGAAGCCGUAUACUACUCGGCUCAGCUCCAGUUGCCGGAAUCCAUGUCCAAAUGGGAGAAGAAGGAGAGGGCCGAGGCAACAAUUAGAGAGAUGGGACUGCAGGACGCGAGAGAUACUAGGAUAGGUGGGGGGAGCGCCAAGGGCCUCAGUGGUGGCCAAAAGAGGAGGGUGAGCAUUUGCAUGGAGAUCCUGACACGCCCGAAGCUCCUCUUCCUCGACGAGCCAACCAGCGGACUCGACAGCGCCGCAUCAUACCAUGUGAUGAACCGCAUUGCCAAGCUAGCCCGCCAUGACCAGAGGACGGUGAUCGCCUCGAUUCAUCAGCCUAGCAGCGAAGUCUUUGACCUUUUCCACAAUCUCUGCCUUCUUUCUUCUGGGAAAACAGUCUAUUUUGGCCGUAGAUCAGAGGCAGAACAGUUUUUUGCAUCAAAUGGUUUCCCAUGUCCAACUCUUAGAAAUCCUUCUGAUCACUACCUCAGGACGAUUAACAAGGACUUUGACGCAGACAUUGAACAAGGAACCAAUGACAUGAAUGCUGAAAAAGCCAUCGACACUCUGGUCAAAUCUUAUUUAUCAUCUCUGAUGUGUCACCAAGUUCAGCAGCAAGUGUCUAGGAUAUCCGAAAUGAAUGUUGGAGGAAAUUUGGAAAGAAAUGGAAGUCAAGCAAGCUUCAUUACCCAGAGCCUUGUUCUAACUAAGCGAUCCUUCACGAACAUGUACCGCGACUUGGGGUAUUACUGGCUUCGUUUAGCAAUCUAUGUUGCUUUGUGUCUGUGUGUUGGGACUAUCUUCCACGACAUUGGAUCCACCUAUGGCUCAAUUCAGGCAAGAGGUUCGAUGCUAAUGUUCGUUGCGGCAUUUCUUACCUUUAUGGCAAUCGGCGGAUUCCCCUCCUUUGUUGAGGACAUGAAGGUUUUCGGGCGAGAGAGGUUGAAUGGGCAUUAUGGUGUCGCUGCGUUUGUUGUUGGCAAUACAUUAUCGUCCAUCCCUUAUCUACUAAUAAUCUCUCUUAUCCCGGGAGCCAUAGCUUAUUACUUGGUUGGCCUCCAAAAGAGUUUCGAGCACUUUGCGUGCUUCGCUUCCGUGCUCUUCGCGUGCAUGUUGCUGGUCGAGAGCUUGAUGAUGAUCGUCGCAAGUAUAGUCCCGGAUUUCCUCAUGGGGAUCAUAACCGGUGCCGGAAUCCAAGGUGUGAUGAUGCUGAAUGGAGGGUUUUUCAGGUUGCCAGAUGAUCUCCCCAAGCCAUUCUGGAGAUAUCCCAUGUAUUACAUCUCGUUCCAUAAGUAUGCCAACCAAGGUUUCUUCAAGAAUGAGUUUGAAGGGUUAAUGUUUCCCAACCAGAUGGGAGGGUCACCUACAAUUGGUGGUGAAGAAAUCUUGAGAAACUAUUGGCAAGUGGAAAUGGGCUACUCUAAAUGGGUGGAUCUUGCUAUCUUGCUUGGGAUGGUGGUUGUUUAUAGGCUCAUGUUCCUUGGAAUAAUAAAGGUAGUGGAGAAGAUGAAGCCACUAGUGAAAAACUUCAGGGCAAAAUCUCCUAAACAUCCCACAAAUGUCCUGAAGAAUCCUUCUUCAACGGCUUAAUAUUAUAGGGAGUUAGGGGUGCUUAUUUGAUAGUGAAAAAUUGGUGUAUUUAUCUUUAAUUGUUGUGAACAAUAAAAUCUCUUAAAUCAUGGGUAU